GUCGUCAUGAGGGAAUCCGGCAUCAUCAUUAUGGUCUAGUCCCCAACGCGUUCAGACCAGCUCUUCAUCUGCCGCACCAGGGACGGAUUCAGGAAUUGCGGGACUUCCAGAAGUAUAGUUAACUGGAGCAAAGCUCGUUGCAAAGCAACGAGAGGUCUUCCGUCGGAGCUGUGUGACAUAAAAACUUUGAACUUGACCAUAUGUCCUUGGGUCAGGUCCUAAUGCAGCCUCAGUUAACAUGAAAAUCUGUUCCAUAAUUUUGAGCAUGGAACCCGAGGAUGCGGUGUCACUAUUGAAUACGAUAGACAGUCUGGGGAUUUCAACACAUUUUGCCUACUUCCUGCUCGCAAGAACGCCGUUCUUCAACACAAGCAUAAUUAACGAUGGCGAUGUGAAUUCAGCAUCUCAUGCUUACCAGUCGCUUUUUGUUUUAUACCCAAUGUUCAAUUCGUCUGUGAGACCGUAUAGCGCAACGACGCACGAACCGGAAACAUAUGACUACGUCGAUAAAUCUCUGUACGAUGCUGCCACCUGCAUAUUACAAGGGAUGUACACUAAUUACAUAGACAGAUCUCUCAGGGACCAAAAACACAUUGUGGAUUUGUCAGGAACACGGUUUACACGAGGUAACGACACAUUUCAAUAUUCCACGACCGGGGAACGGUAUUUUCACUUCGGUUUACUUGAUAUUGAGGAGCGCCUGGACAAACUGACCGUGAGCAGAGUAAUUUACAAGCAGAAUGAAGACUGGUUACAGGGUACUAUUAGUGACAUCGACUGGCCAGACGACAAUGCCAUACUGCCAGAUUCCUGCUUCAAGAGUGGAGACUGCACGCCAAGCGAAGAGAUAAACCUUGGCGUUGCAGUGGCGCUGCCCAUUACCUUAGUGAUUUUAAUUGCAGUCGGCUCAUUUAUACUUAUCCUGCUGUGGAGAAAGCAAAGAAAGAUUAACAUGACGAAGGGGCCGAACAAGAUUCUCCUGGAAGCAGACGAUUUGACAUACCUUCACAAAAAAGAGGCUAAAUCUGCCAAAAUUAACAACGGUCCAUUUCUCGACAAACCAGAUUUGGUCAAGGCCUCAGAGAAAUCCAACCGCUCAUUAGCUAGUCUUCACGAAUUCGCAGAGUUUUCAGAAAUAGCACGGUACAAGGGGGACAUGGUCUAUGUGAAGGAGAUCAAAGUAAAGGGAUUUGAAAUGAAAGGCAAAUUGUUGUCCUACCUGCGAACGUUGCGAGACAUACGCCACGAAAACGUGAAUCCUCUGUAUGGCUUCCUCAUUGAUCCGCUGAGGCCUGCAUUAGUCUCCGAGUACUGUAGUCGAGGCAGCCUCUGGGAUGUUCUAAAGAACGAAAACAUAAAGUUGGAUUGGGACUUCAAAGUAUCUUUGUUGACAGACACAGUAAGAGGACUUAGAUUCAUCCAAGGUUCUGCUAUUCACUGCCAUGGCAAUCUGAAAUCCCGAAACUGUAUCAUAGAUAGUCGCUGGGUUCUAAAGCUGACUGAUUUUGGAAUGCCCGGAUUUAGAGAAUGUGCCAAAAUGACAGCUAACUACGACCCAGAACAGUUGCUCUGGACAGCUCCAGAACAUUUACGAGAUCCCUUUCCAGGAAUGAAAGGUUCCGAAAAGGGCGAUAUAUACAGCCUAUCCAUUAUUAUGCAGGAGGUUAUAUUAAGACAAGAACCAUAUGCAAUGCACGAGUAUAAGGCCAAAGAGCUUAUACAAAGAUUAAGAAACCCUCCCCCACUUACCCGUCCAAAGGUCUCUCCUCAAGCAGCACAACCACAGUACAUCGUAUUGAUGAAACAGUGUUGGACAGAAAAUCCGGAUCACCGACCAACAAUUGAAGAAAUUUACCAACAGUACAAAUCCAUCUCUGGUGGAAAGAAAGCAAACAUUGUGGACUCUAUGUUUCGGAUGUUAGAAAAGUACUCCAAUGAUUUGGAGGAUAUUGUAAAAGAACGGACAGUUCAGCUAGAGGAGGAAAAGAAAAAAACAGACCUUCUCCUCUUCCGAAUGCUACCUCCAUCUGUGGCUGAAAAGCUCAAGCUAGGGCGACCUAUAGAAGCUGAGGAAUUCUCUGAGGUGACGAUUUACUUCAGUGACAUUGUCGGUUUUACAACGAUAUCGGCAAGGAGUGACCCGAUGCAAGUUGUUGACCUUCUAAAUGAUCUCUAUACGAUGUUUGACGGUACCAUCGAUAAUUAUGACGUCUACAAGGUGGAAACUAUUGGAGACGCCUACAUGGUUGUAAGCGGUCUUCCGAUGGCAAAUGGAAAUCGCCAUGCUGGUGAAAUUGGUACAAUGGCGCUCGAUCUACUUAGUCAGUGCGGAACUUUCACCAUACGUCACAUGCCGGAAGUUCCUUUACGAUUGCGUAUUGGUCUACAUUCUGGCUCAUGCGUGGCAGGUGUUGUUGGUCUCACUAUGCCAAGGUAUUGCCUUUUUGGAGAUACGGUUAAUACAGCUUCCAGAAUGGAAUCCACUGGUGCAUCAUUUAGAGUACAUAUCAGUCAGACGACAAAGGACGUACUGGACGGUUUAGGUGGAUAUCUCAUAGAAUACAGAGGCGAGGUAGAAUUAAAGGGUAAAGGCAUGGCCAAAACGUACUGGUUGACUGGGAAAGACGGGUUCACAAAACCCCUUCCGGAGCCUCCUCCACUGACUGACUUUGUGUGCAUUUUUACACGCUACCAGUGGAUGCAAUCAUGGGUUGGACUCGGUACUAAGUCCAAAUACAGCUUCCGCUACGAACCUGACAGAAAACAGUGCUUCCGGCGAGAAUGGUGGUGCAUCCCCGUCUAAUGACCAAAACUCGGCCCCAAAAGGGAGCAAUGGAGCCGCAACGAAGGACAAAUUUGGCAAAGGAAAGGGGGCCUCCCAGAAAGGAAAGAGUUCCAAUACGGAUAAUUUCUCGAACAUCAACGAAGUCACUAAAAUUAAAGAUGAAGACCAUUCCGGCGCGUCUCAAUCACCCGAUGUUGCACAAGUAGAAGCUGUAGCAAAUCACUGCAAUUCUGUUCCUACCAGCAGAAAAGAUAAUGAUCACAGGAAAAGUAACAAUUACCGGAUGAAUAAAUAUUCUAAUGCGUCGAUAGACAGUACUGCAACGGAUUCUAGCAUAGUAUCUACAUCAGAGCUUCACAUGACAGUUCUGUCAAAACACGAUGAAAAUUUAUCCCCAGUAGCAGAAGUUUAAUGGCUGUUUUGUUUAAUGGCUGUUUUCUUGCAUGAAUUACCAGUUGUCCCACACUGUUUAUAAGGAAAUGUAUUGAUCUCAAUUACCAGGAUUACCAAUUAUGAAAUAUAUCAUGAUGAAUAUUACUUGUCUUCCCUAAAAUAAUAUAUAAAGCUCCCUUAAUAUUUAGAAACUGUACUCUUUUUUAUAAGCUUUAUGUGUUUGCAUAGUCCACAAAAGUAUAAUGUUGCACAGACUGACCUAAAUUUAAGAAAUGGGUAGCGACGUCUUAAUGUAUCACAACACUUAAGUUUUCAUGAUUUUAUUUUUCCUCUCAAAUUUACAUCCUUUAUCUAAGAUAAUUCUUUUUAAAAAAAAGAAAAAGAAAAUGAGGGUCAAUGUGCAUACUGGUGGGCUGUACGUUACAUUUAUUGCCUAUAUAGGCUUUUUGAUACAGUAUGCUUCGCAUGUAGUACCACUGAGUGUAAUCAAAUGUAAUUAAUUUUAACUAAUAUGAUUAUAAUGAGUACCUAGAUAGGGUGCCAUCAGAGUGGUCACCUUUUGAUGUGCGCUGAAAAAGGGAGGGUAGGUGAAAACGUCUCCAUGAACGAAUAUAUGCAGAUUUAUUUUGAGGCUUUUCAUUUGAUUAAGCGUCCGUCAAAGUAUUUAGUUCCAUACAAAAUUGAAAUAGCGUUCAUGUUUACUUCUGUUUGGAAUGGUAUACAAUGUAGGGAUGAUCCCUGACUGUAUUGUGAUCAACAGCUUAAAGCUUAGGGUUAGAAAAUGUAUGUCGAAAGUGUUCCAAAUGGCACCGUAUAUAUGUAUUUAUGAAGAAAAUAUGAAAAGAAAAUGUCUAAUAAAAUUUAGCAUUACAUGUGUAAUGGUCUGUAUGAACUCUUGUCACUGGUUUUACUCAGUGUAAACGUACAGAGUUUGCAAAACAAUGUUUUAAUCACGAGGGUUGUAUCAGUACAAAUAGUUUUCGUCGCUAACCAUUUAAAAAAAUAUAUCGGGACGUUCUCUUCAUUCUAAUGAGGAAAUGGGUUUAUGAUGUUCCUGGAAGUUACGUUAGCAAGUAUACAAGUGAUCUAAGCGUAAUAGUAGACCGUUCAUAAAUUUAGUCGAAUAGUAUUCUGAUACUUUUGAAAUUAAUUACUACUAAUUUUAAAAUCACAACACAUCACUUGAACAAGAAGCUCUUUUCCGUUUACCAUUCCACAACGUUUAAAGUUUAAAAAUUAUUUUCCCGUGAUAUGAGUUUUUUCUUCAAAUAUUAUGAGAAGUUGAAUCAAUUGACGUAUGAUUCUCUACAGUCAAUAUAUCUUACAAUGUGAACAAUAUUUUUAUAUUGGUAUAGUGAGUGUCAUUGUAUGAUAACAAUGUAGCCCAGUCUUUCACACUUCUUAUAAUUGAAAUGUUGUGCACAAAUUGUUUAUUAUACAUGUACAUGUACUAUGAUUGUUAUCUUCCAAAUGUUAUUCAAAUAAAAUGUUAAACCCCA